GGCUUCCCGGCGUUCACUUUCUUCCGCCUUGCUGUGCUUCAUUCCUCGGGACUGAAGCGGCGUCUCUCGGCCCCACGUCCUUUUAUCUUUCGGAACCAUCGCCCCCAGGCUGCGUACACACCUGCUGAGCCGCAGGUCAGCAUCUCCGCGUGUCCACUCCAUCAUGGCAGAAGACAAACAGCUGCCGCCGCCUCCCACGAGCUCCGACGACACAAAGAAGAACAAGAAGAAGAAGAAAAGAAAGAAAACAACUCCCACCACAGGAAAUACAGAGAAACCUCGGGCUGUCUCUUUGCCCCCUGAGACCUCGCCUGUGUCCCCGCUGGCCCCACAGAGUCCAGAUCAGCCUCGAGGCCAGCUGCCCAAGCUCCGAGCAGCCAGCAAGAAGAACGGAGAACGACUCGCUGGCAGCGGCCGGAGGAGUAAAAAACACCCCAAGGAUCCAGCGGCCCUGCUGACGGCGACACACAAAGCCAGCGGCGUCGGGCGGCUCGGCGCCCAGGCCAGGGAGAGCCUGAGGUGGGAGGGAGUGCUGGAGGACCCCCAGGCUGAGGAGAAGAGGCUGGAGCUGUACAGGGCCAACAGGCGGCAGCGGUACAAUGCGCACAGAGACGCCCUGUUGGAGGAGCAGACUGUCCCUUCGGAGGGCCGAGAGAGAAAAGACUUUGACUGAGUCGGACCAGCAGGAGGCGUCACUGCAUUGGAGCACAGACGGAAUUAAAGAAGCAAGUGAGAGCCUCGUGCUCAUCGCCUCAGGCUUUAUUCAUGGGUUCAAAACGGAUUUUGCAACAGCGAACCACAGAGAGAUCUCUGGGUGGCGUGAAGAGGAGGCACCAAAGAGAAAUCCAGCAUGUCGCAAGGUUAAUAUCCACGUUGUCUCGACUGUCCACGGAGAGGACCUACACAACUUCUCCAGUUUAUCAGCUGAUUCUAAAUGAUUUAACACUUCCAGAAAAGACCCAAAGUAGAUCUUUCAGGUCUGAACCCCCAUCAGGAUCCCUGAACCCCCCUCCCGUCUGUGACGUAAUGGAGGGUGGAGUGGAUGAGGCUUGCGUGAUGUAUUUCUCACCCCUAGAACUACAAAAAAAUAGGUCAGCAGUUUUUCUUUUUUCAUGCAAACAUACCCAGAAAGCCAUCCAGCAGAGUGUGUGGAGUUUAAUCAGAUAGAAUGGGACACGCUGUGUUGACUCACACUGAGCAGCACGUUGACCUGCUGCUCACAGUCAUAAAUCCAGCCAUGGUGUUGACCCCUCUCUCAUUCUACUUGCUCCAUAUUGUUCACUACAAAAGGCAAUUUAAAGACACUUUAAAAGGCUCAAUCUUUGAAAAUCCUGUCAAAUAAAUCUUAGAAGCUCUCCCACUGCUGGGUGAUAGAUGGCAGAAACAUCACGUGUCCCUUCAAUAAAUAUGCUCCAACACGGAUAAGUUCAUUAAUGCAAAAAGAGACGGUGCUUUUGUGCUUGAGAUUUUUAUUUAUUUAUGCAUGCACAAAUUCAAACAAGAAAGACAAAACAAAUUUAAAUGACAAUGGCAUCCCUGAUAUUUGUCCCUGAGCAUCAGGGCUCACUUUGCACUGUGACUGAGAGGAAAGAACAUCACUUUAAAUCCUCCUGAGAACAAAGUGGAUACACAACAUAAACUACAUGACUUAUUGUAACAAUGUAUGUGGGUGCAAAGUAAGACUCAUGUCCCUUAGUAAACAUUAACACGUUAAACUAUUACUUUACAGUAUAUUGCUGUAAAUGCAAUACUCCAAGAGAUGUGAGAUUGUAGGAAUAUUAGGGCCGACAGUGUGCCCGAGAGAGAUGAUUACUUUACAUUUAGCUUCAAGAGGGGAAGGCAACAUGUAUGACGAUGUAUUCCUGGGACAAUGUACAUUCAUGAAUGUUGUUUUUUAAUAUAAUGUUGUGCAUUAAUUUGUGGAAGAAACUUAAUCUGUCAGGUUCUGAAUUUGUUCAAUUGGCCGAAAAAUAUUUUAUCCAUUAAUGAUUUCUGAAUUCAUUAUCCAGAGCAUGUAUUAUAUUGUGAUGUAGAUGAGCUAAAUGCUGCUAUAAAAAAGAAAAGAAAGAAAAGUCUGCAUCAGUUGAAUCGUGGGGGGGGGGGGGGAGGGGGAGAGUUACGCAGCAUUUCUUUUGUUAAGUUUUGUCACACUGCAUUUGUGUGAUGUAUGUCGAGGCCCAUUGUUCCCCGUUGGGGUGUUUUGUUACCGUUGUCUAUUUCAGCACCUCUGCUUCAAAGAGCUGAGAACCCUCCUCUCUGUUCC